AUGAAACAGAUUUCCAAAUGGAAAAAAUAUAAGAAAGAUAGGCAGAACUUUUAUGUGAGAUAUGCCACGAGUGAGAAAAAGCAAAAUGUAAACUUGUUUGAAGAACUUUUCUUACCCAGUAAUGCCUUCAUUUUUUCUUCAGGUGUCAUCUUCCCUCCAACCAUCACGGAAGAACACAAUGGGAAAUUGGGGAGUCUCGCACCACUGCCUUCAGUGAUCUACGUCAUCCGGCAAAUGUCGACCAAGAAUAAAAAUUCUUGUCUUCAAAAAUUCUGUUUUCAUUGUUUCUUAAAGCUUUUCCUGUCGAAAUCAAAACGGAAGAAUAGAUGUGCUUUAAAUAGUAUUGAAGUCUGGAGAAGAACAUGUUCAAUUUAUCACGGUGGUCGAAUAUAUUCAGAGGCUCAGUCAAUGAUUCAAGAGUAUUGUUGCUACGUGACAUCGCGUUCUACCAUAGAUUACGAGCCGAAAAUAACUUCAAUGUGGAUAACAAAAAAGUAA